AUUCACCACCAGGCAAAGACUUUCAACCACUUUUUCAGAGCAAACCCAGACUGGGAAAGGAAUAAAAAAGAAAACUCGCCCCCUAAUUGAAUUCGGUGAACAAAAAGAAAAUGACACCGAGAGGUUUGUUGUGGAUACGUUCAGUUUAAAAGUGGAAUGUUACAGUGAACCCGGGUCUUUAUAUUCUGGACUAAUUUGGCCUGUUUUAUAUGGAUUCCAGCAUUGCUUCACCCCUGAUGUUUGCCAGAUAAACUCUGAGUUUCUGUUUCAGUGUUACAGCACUGCACAGAGCUGGGAUUUAGUCAAGCCUAAAGCUGAUCACCAAUCUGGGAGCUAAAGAGAGCAGCUGAGCACCAUUAAGAACUAACAAACUCCUGGCAGCUACUUUCAACAUUCACUUCACUGACACCACAGAAAUGCUUUGGGAGUGCAAAACCUUCCUCUUCUGUGUUUUGUCGGUCUACAUCACAUCACUGGUGGUGGCUUCAGAUGAAAGGCAGCAAGAUAAUCACUGUGCUGAUCUCAACAACAUCACAUGGCGGGAAUACCAGCAGCAAAGAGUCAGACUGAACGUCCAGUAUCUGCUGCUGACCAGGAAAAACAUGGACUGUCCACAAGCAUUCAAUGAGACGUCCCUCACCAUGGAGAACUCCUACUUCAACCCCUCGCGUCCUACAAAGGUUAUCAUCCACGGGUACAGUUAUGUUAGAGUAACAGCCGCAAAUCAUGGCUGCAGACUCCAAUCCUUCCACUUUAUCGGGGUCAGUCUCGGGGCACAUGUCGCUGGUUUUGUGGGAACUUUGUUCGAAGGGAAAAUAGGAAGAAUCACAGGCCUGGACCCUGCUGGACCCAUGUUUAAAGGAGCGGACACCUAUAGCCGGUUGGACCCUUCUGACGCUCAGUUUGUGGAUGCCAUCCACACAGACUCUGACUAUUUUGGCAUCUCCAUCCCUGUUGGCCAUGUGGACUUCUUUCUGAAUGGAGGGAAGGACCAGAUUGGAUGUGCACGCUCCAGGUUUGACUCAAUGUACAGUUAUGUGAUAUGUGACCACAUGAGGGCGCUGGACGUCUACAUGAGCGCGCUGAAUGGCUCGUGCCCGUUAAUGGGGAUCCCGUGCUCCAACUAUGAGGACUUCCUGAAGGGACGCUGUAUGGACUGCGACAUCUUCAGAGGGAAAUGUCCAGUAAUAGGUUUAUCAGAAAACAGUGGGAUAUCUAUAUCUCCCAUUCCCAAAGAGCAGACGCUAUUCCUCCUCACGACUUCUUCACAGCCAUAUUGUGCUCACCACAUCCUGGUGGAGUUGGAAGUUUCGAAACUGGAUAAGAGCGCUGAGAUUGAAGUGACCCUGACAGCUGACAUCCUGGAAACAAAGCAGAUCCUCAGGCUUCAGACAGAUACAACAGUGUACAGGACGGUGAUGGCUCACUCUACCCCCCAGUGUGAAAUCAGCUCCAUCAGGCUGACAAACACAGGAGCUCGCUUCUACAGACAGGCAGAGAUCCACGUCAAGUCUGUCUGUGUGACUGAGUUUCCCUCUCUCAGGCGCAAAGAUCCUGUGUGUGUGAACAACAUCAACAUCAAACGGGGAGCUCGGUGGUCCCACGACCUUGUGCAGUUGUGUGACUUCUAAAGAGAAUGAUCUCCUCGACAACAAUUGAAGCAAGUGCAUAGUGUGCAGCAAUCUGACCUAUGAAGAUACUAACACAGAGAUGGUUUCACAUUUUUAUACCUUGUUUAAUUUUGAGAAAAUAUCAUUGGAGUUCAACCUCAGGGGGCGGAGCCUUAUAUUUUCUAACAUCAUGACUAAAACUGGGGGGAAAAAAGGUUAUUUACAUUAUCAGUAUUUCUGGUACAAUAUUAUUAAUAUUAUAAUUAUCUUUCUUUUUUGCCUAUACUCACUAAAGCGUUGAAGUGUUAAUGAAACCAAACAGUCUAGUUUCACAUCCUAAACCCUUGUUUUUUGUUCUUUUAGCAUUAAAUGCAGCAACAAACUCUUAA